AUGUUGCUCCAGCAGUUGCUUCAGUCACAAGCAGAUUCUGACUAUUCAGCAACGGAUGAUUCUUCUUCUUAUGGAGAUAGCGCUCCGAACUCAUACCCAUCUUAUGACGAUUACUCUGACAAAACAUCUUAUAAUGCUCCUGUGCCUUCUUACUCUAGAAGCUACUCUCCUUCUUACUCCAGAGGCUACGAUAGCUAUUCCGGAGGUUAUAACAAAGACUACCCUAGUUCUUAUGGUUCCAGUUAUGGAGGAAGUGACUAUUCACCAAAUUCUUAUGGUUCUUCAAACCGUUAUGGUGAUUAUCCUUCGUAUGGUUCUUCAAACCGUUAUGGUGAUUAUCCUUCGUAUGGUUCCUCAAACCGUUAUGGUGAUUCUCCUUCGUAUGGUUCCUCAAACCGUUAUGGUGAUUCUCCUUCGUAUGGUUCCUCAAACCGUUAUGGUGAUUAUCCCUCGUAUGGUUCCUCUAGAAAAUAUGCAUAUGGUGCUCCUCCCGCAAAAAAAUAUAGCUAUGGGGCGCAAGGAUAUAACCAGGGUGCAUAUGGGCAGAGUGGACAAGGAUAUAAUCAAGGCGGAUAUGGCAAGGGAUCUUAUGAUAAUUCCUACCGCAAUGACUACUAA